CGGAAGACCGGAAAUUCUCACUUGCACAACAAUGACAAGUUCCGGAUCUUUGCCAAGUCGUCGAAAUUUACCGCGGGCGUCGCAUGCGUGCCAGAGAUGCCGGGCGAAGAAGGCGAAAUGCGAUCAGCAGCAGCCUUGUGCUAAUUGUGUGAGACAUGAGUGGGAUUGCGUUUAUGGGUUGAGGAGGAAGAAUGGGAGGGCGAGUAAUGUUUCUGUGCUGAAUGAUGUGCAGCGCAAUACACCACCAUCACCGUUGUCUUCUUCGCGAAAUUAUCAUGAUGAGGCGGCGCGGCGGAGUGAACCGUUGGAACAGGCCCAUUCAUCCGGUCGGAUAGACGAUGGUGAUGUUGUAGGGGACAUCAAUCAACACACCCACGGCACAGAGUUCUAUGGUACAUCGUCUAACUUUGUACUACUCAAUCAAUUCUUCCUGUAUGCCCAGAAGAAUCUACCGCCCGGUCACCCAAGCUCAAACAACGACACCGGCUUCCUUUCUGCCAACGCUCAAAACCGCAACGUUUCGGGACAUGGCCUCGUAACACGAUCGCCGAUUUCCAUUGUCAAUCUGCUUUCGGAUAGAGAAGUAUUGGAUCCCCCUUCUAGACCAAAGACUCCCCCACCGAGAGGAGGGGUCCAAGAUGAGAUACAAGCACGUCCGUCCCUUGAAACCAGACAAUUGACAGAAGGGCUUGAUGGCCCGGUCCAUCAUGAUCCUCCCUCAGUCACCGGCCAAAACAGGCCAUCCACAGAUAACUCGCUAUCAUCGUCAAAGCAGAGGCUGGAACGAGAAUACAUCAGACAGUUCUUCAACAACCUGCAUCACCUCCACCCGAUGCUUGAUCCCAUUGCAUUUACCAAGCGUUGCGAGGAACUAGUCUGGGGUUCUCAAACCUCAAUGGAAAGCAACAAGACUCAGCGUCAUUUCUUUGCCCUGUACCAUAUAGUCGUCGCUGUCGGUGCAAUUGUUGCCGGAUCUAGUAUCACGCAGGACUUUGAGCGAGACAUCAACCUCUGCAUGAAGCUACCUCCCCAAGGACAAGACUUCAAUCCUUCUCGAUUAAGCCAAGAACUCUCAAAGAAGUACUUCCGGAAGUCUAGGUUGUUGCUUGGUGAUGUAUUUGAAGUCUGUUCUUUAGAGAGCGCUCAAGCACUUCUUCUCAUGUCGUUGUACUGUCAGAACUCUCUCAAACCUCACGCUUGCUACAUGUACUGCGGCCAUGCCGUCCGCACAGCACUCGCCAUCGGUAUCGCAAGAGAGACUCUGUCAAACUCAAUCGAAGACCGCAAAGCGGCACGGAGAACGUGGUGGUGCAUUUACUCUCAUGAGAUAGAUAUGAGCUGUAGUGCAGGGCGUCGCGACAGUCUUGGGAAACCUAGAAAUUACCAGAUCGAUCUACCUCAUAUCAGAGGACAGGACGUCUCAACAUCAAAGCAGCCUGAUCUGGAAAAUUGCAGUGCAGCCAUGAUCAAUGAGAUGGUGCAUUUCGCUGCUAUUCUUCGGCGCAUCUCGAAGGAGCUAUACUAUGACUCAAAAGGUCUGACUUUGCUGCAGAAGUCCGCUGUUGCGAAAGAACUUGAUCGCUUGCUUGAUGACUGGAAGGCUCGGUUACCCAGUUAUCUCGAGUUUACCACCGUGUCUUUUCGUGAGCAGGAGUGGGCAGCCAAACAGAAGCUUGUCCUUCAUCUCAGAUACCUGAACGCAAGAAUAGUUCUUCAUCGCCCUUUUCUCGAACAGCCCAUUCUCACAGCCGAAGCGAGCAUGUCUACUCAUGCUGAACUAUGCCUCGAUGCGGCACGGAAGACAAUUUGCGUGAUGUACGACGCUUAUGCAAAUCGACACUACUUUCGCACCUGGUGGUACAACUCCACUUACACCCUGUAUGCUGGGAUGAUCGUGCUGUAUAUCAUCAUGCUUGGGCCUACAGCCGUUCCAUCGGAGGACGUCCUCGCUGAUGCUGUCAAAGCGCAUGAUAUCUUGCAAUCGAUGGAGGAAGCUACUGUUGCUCGAAGGAGUGCAAGUCUGCUACAGGAGGGGCUGGAGGUGGCGCGAGCUUGUGUUCAGCGACAACAGAGCAGACCAGAGGGAGAUGCUGAACAACAGGUAUAUGAUGGUACACAAGGUGGCUUGAAUAAUAUUGCGAACCAGUUUUCGAAUGCUGUCUCGGGACAGGACCAUGCGUUAUUGGCUUCGAUAAUUGAUCCGAAUUUGCUGCAGGACUUUAUGGCGGCGGAUCAGGAUGCGCUUGGAAUGGGAUUUGAGAUGCCGUCUUUAGAUGGGUUAUAUGGCGAAGCCUUAGAUGUUGAUGCUAUGUCUAUGAUGCCUUGAGUUGAACAAAGG